AUGGAUGCAUGGAUUGAAGGUGUUCGUGGUGGGGCACGACUGGGCGCCAUCAUCGCGUGGUACCUCUGCCUCUUCCGCCCGGACCGGGUGACGGCGCUCGUCAACACCAGCGUCGCCUUCAUGCGGCACGUCUUCAUCCGCGCCGGCGCCGCCGCCGUCAAGACCACCGACUACUUCAACCAAGCCUACGGCCCUACCUACUACGUCUGCCGCUUCCAGGAGCCCGGGGUGGCGGAGAAGGAGUUCGCGCCGGCGCACGCGAGGCACCUGAUGACGCGGAUCCUGAGCGACCGCUUCAGCGAGCGCGCGGCCGGCAAGGAGCCCAAGGACGGCGGCGACGACGCCGACGUGGCGCUCCCGCCGUGGCUCACGGAGGCGGACAUCGACUACUUCGCCGCGGCCUUCGAGAAGACGGGCUUCACGGGCGCCAUCAACUACUACCGCAACAUGGACCGGAACUGGGAGCUGGCGGCGCCGUGGGCGGACGCCAAGGUGACGGUGCCGACCAAGUUCAUCGUGGGGGACGGGGACCUGACGUACCACUACGCCGGGAUCCAGGACUACCUGCACAAGGGCGGGCUCAAGGCGGACGUGCCGCUGCUGGAGGAGCUGGUCGUCGUCCCCGGCGCCGGCCACUUCAUCCAGCAGGAUCGGGCGCAGGAGGUCAGCGACCACAUCCACGACUUCAUCGCCAAGUUCUAAAGAACAGCUGAAAAGGAUAACGCAUCCAUGCAUCAUGUUUUCAGUAGAUCUGUGGAUCGUUGGACGUGUGCUGUCAGUUUGAUCAUCGAUCGCUUCGUACUUUCCUUGCUUGUUCGUUGGCAUGUCGAUUCAUCUCAUCAGUUAAGAGUACCGUGGA